AGACUUUAGUACCUCUAUGGAUGUAACAUAUUACGCUGCAUUCUGAUAGUUUUAUCUAAUAUAAUUUUGCUUGGAAUUCUGUGUCAGCUGUAUCGAGAACUACCGACACCGGGUGGCUGGCGACAGGCAUGCGACUCGUAGCGGCAGUGGCGUGCUGCGUGUUGCUGGCGGGAUCCACAGCUUGGCAGGAGCGACUGCCUCAGGAGGAGGAGCUGGAGGCAGGCGGCGACAACCAGACUGAGCAGGACUACCAGGACGACUACGCCGCCCAGUGGGCCGCAGCUUCGCCGCAGUGGGUUAACGAAGCCGUGCGCGACGUCGCCUACUACCUACGCUCGCACAAGUUCAACGACUAUGACCGCCGCUUCUUCACCAGCCCCGCCAACGUCACCAAGCCGCUGUACGCGGGCUUCCCCGACCCGCCUCUCCGCACGCUGCACUGGGAGGUGAACAAGUACUGCUCCGCCAGCUUCCUGUCCUGCCUGCACUACUUGCACGAGAAGGCGCUGCAGGCAGAGUUGCGGCGCGCAGAGGACACGGUGGUGCUGGUGCUGUCGGGGGCGGUGAAGGACGAGCAGCAGGAGGACGAGGCAGAACUGGCGUGCCAGAAGCACCGGCGGCUAGACUGGGUGGGCGCCCAGCCCUUCCACGGCCAUUUGGAGCGCUUCCAGUGGCGGACGACGGCGAGCUACUUCAUGUGCUGGUACACGAUGCACGAGGUGCCGGACCUGGCGGCGCUGGGCGAGCGCUGCGACAACCACGCCAGCUGCAUGGACUCGUGGCGGGGACCGGCCAGCUACGACCCGCGCGCCGACGACCGCCAGCCCUUCCUCUGCGCCGCCUACAGCUUCUGUCCCGACCCCUGCUGCCCGGACCGCCACUACGACACGCUGGCCUCGUGCUGGGCGCGCGAGGACAACCCCUGCUACAGCGACGCGCCUCCAGAGUCGAGGGUCUGCUCCGUGCAGCGCAGCCGCAACACAGACCUCGUCUCCAUCAUCCGGGGCAUGUGGAACGUGAGCUGCUCCUGCCUGCGGCCGGGCUUCGAGUGGAGCUCCCGCUUCGGCCUGUGCGUCGAUGUGAAUGAGUGUAUAAGAAAUCUACACUCAUGUGAUGAAAAGACACAAGCCUGCUUCAACACUCCAGGGAGCUUUGAGUGCAUAUGUCGCUGGGGUUUUCUUUACAACAAAGAACAGAAACAGUGUGUUCGAAAUGAUUUGCUGAUGGCUGCAGAGACAGGCAGUAUAGAGAAAAAAAAAGGUUCUAUUGUUAAGAAAAUAUUAUCAUACAUUGUACCCAGUGCAAUACAGACAGACUUAUUUAGUGAAUAUUUCAAGAAUGGACAUCAAUCUACAAGAUUUCCACUCACUGCAUCUUUAACUCUAUCUCUUACAACUUGUAAACUAUUAAAAUAUAUUAUGACAUAGUUA